GUUUCAAGCACCAGGCAGGAUCCGCUACCGAACUAGAUCUAUAACUAGAUCUACCUCACCCUUUUUCUUCCACAAACCACACUACAGGCUUCUGCUAUUUUAGUUUGUAUCGUCAACGAAGUCUUUGUGAGAGACUUGGAAUUAUGGCAGCCAGUCCUAUUGUUCAGUACGUCGUCAUAAGAAGCGAUCUCGUGUCGAAACUGAAAUGGCCAACUGGGGCAUUGAUAGCUCAGGCCUGCCAUGCAUGCACUGCUGUUACCCAUCUUUAUUACAAGGAUGAAGCCACCCAAGAAUACCUUGCUGAUCUCGAUAGAAUGCACAAGAUAAUUUUGGAGGCCAAAGACGAAGAGAGCUUAAGCAAACUGGCAGAAACGUUAACCACGGAGAAUAUUUCUCACAAACUGUGGGUGGAGCAGCCGGAGAACUUCCCCACAUGCCUGGCUGUGAAGCCCUACAGAAAAGAAGAGGUUCAAAAGUUUUUCAAGCCUUUCAAACUUUUCAAGUAGAACAAUGCAAUUUUUAGAAUCGUUCGUUGAUACUGUUUGAGUUUGUAGCCAUUAACCUAACUUUCUGGCGCUGAAUGUUGUUUUAAGAUUUGACAUAAUUCAAUAAUUCCGACUGAUAUCAGAUAAUGUUUGGAAUAGGAGUGUGCAAGCUUGUCAAUGAAAGGCCACUGUGUAUAUCCCUCAAGAUAUGAGACAGCAAGCAUUAGGUCCUAAACUGGGAGAUCUUUUUUUUUUUUUUCAGUUAGAGACUUUCAACAUGUUCAUUCAAUUUGUGUCUCUGUAAUUUUAGCAGUUUCUAUCAAGAUGUCUCUAAGAAAGUCAUAUGCUUGGGAUUACUUUAAGAAAAUGAAAGACGAAAAAAGCA